AUGAAUUCCAUUGAGUUUCCCGUACUUGAUCAAAAAACCAAAAAUUCAGUAAUUUCUACAACAUUAAAUGAUCUUUCAAAUUGGUCAAGACUAUCCAGUUUAUGGCCACUUCUCUAUGGUACUAGUUGUUGCUUCAUUGAAUUUGCUUCUUUAAUAGGAUCACGAUUCGACUUUGAUCGUUAUGGACUGGUACCACGCUCUAGUCCUAGGCAGGCCGACCUCAUUUUAACAGCGGGCACUGUAACUAUGAAAAUGGCUCCUUCUUUAGUUCGAUUAUAUGAGCAAAUGCCCGAACCUAAAUAUGUUAUUGCUAUGGGAGCCUGUACAAUUACAGGAGGUAUGUUCAGUACCGAUUCUUAUAGUACUGUUCGGGGCGUUGAUAAACUAAUUCCUGUGGAUGUCUAUUUGCCGGGUUGUCCGCCUAAACCAGAAGCUGUUAUAGAUGCUAUAACAAAACUUCGUAAGAAAAUAUCUCGCGAAAUCUAUGAGGAUCGAAUUAGUUAUCAACGAGAGAAUAGAUGUUUUACUACCAACCACAAAUUGGAUGUUGGACGCAGUACUCAUACUGGCAAUUAUAAUCAAGGAUUAUUCUAUCAACCACCAUCUAUUUCAGAGAUAACUUCUGACACAUUUUUCAAAUAUAAAAAAGUUCAGUAUCCUACGACCAACGAAAAAGUGAAUUAA